AGGAGUCUUGCAAAUGUAAUGGCUGGAAAAACCCCAACCCCUCACCCACGCCCCCCAGAGCCGACCUGCAGCAGAUCAUUGUGAGCCUGACGGAAUCCUGCCGCAGCUGUAGCCAUGCCCUAGCCGCUCAUGUUUCCCACCUGGAGAAUGUGUCUGAGGAAGAAAUGAACAGACUCCUGGGUAUCGUCCUGGAUGUGGAGUAUCUCUUCACCUGUGUCCAUAAGGAAGAAGAUGCCGACACCAAGCAAGUCUAUUUUUAUCUGUUCAAGCUCUUGAGAAAGUCUAUUUUGCAAAGAGGAAAACCUGUGGUUGAAGGCUCUUUGGAGAAGAAGCCUCCAUUUGAAAAACCUAGUAUUGAACAGGGUGUGAACAACUUUGUGCAGUACAAAUUUAGUCACCUGCCCUCCAAAGAAAGGCAAACGAUCGUCGAACUGGCAAAAAUGUUCCUCAAUCGCAUCAACUACUGGCCUCUGGAGGCACCAUCCCAGAGGAGACUGCGGCUGCCCAAUGAUGACAUUUCGGGAUACAAGGAAAACUACACAAGGUGGCUGUGCUACUGCCACGUGCCCCAGUUCUGCGACAGUCUACCUCGGUACGAAACCACACAGGUGUUCGGAAGGACGCUGCUCCGCUCGGUCUUCACCGUCAUGAGGCGACAGCUCCUGGAACAAGCAAGACAGGAGAAGGACAAACUGCCACUGGAGAAGCGAACUCUGAUCCUCACCCAUUUCCCCAAGUUUCUGUCCAUGUUAGAGGAAGAAGUUUAUAGUCAAAACUCUCCCAUCUGGGAUCAGGACUUUCUCUCAGCCUCUUCCAGAACCAGCCAGCUAGGAAUCCAAACAGUGAUCAACCCACCUCCUGUGGCCGGGACAGUCUCGUACAACUCAAACACCUCUUCCCUCGAGCCACCGAACGGAGGAAGCAGCAGUCCUGCCUGCAAAGCCUCUUCUGGACUCGAGGUGAACCCAGGCGAAAAGAGGAAAAUGAACGAUUCUCACGUCCCAGAGGAGGCCAAGAGGCCCCGAGUGAUGGGGGAUAUUCCGAUGGAGUUAAUCAACGAGGUCAUGUCUACCAUCACAGACCCUGCAGCGAUGUUGGGACCAGAGACCAACUUUCUGUCCGCGCACUCGGCCAGGGACGAGGCCGCCAGGCUGGAGGAGCGCAGGGGCGUCAUCGAGUUCCACGUGGUCGGCAACUCACUCAGCCAGAAGCCCAACAAGCGGGUCCUGAUGUGGCUGGUGGGUCUGCAGAACGUCUUCUCCCACCAGCUGCCUCGCAUGCCCAAGGAGUACAUCACACGCCUCGUCUUCGACCCGAAACACAAAACCCUCGCUUUAAUUAAAGAUGGCCGCGUCAUCGGAGGCAUCUGUUUCCGGAUGUUCCCAUCCCAAGGAUUCACGGAGAUUGUUUUCUGCGCGGUCACCUCCAAUGAGCAGGUCAAGGGCUACGGAACACACCUGAUGAAUCACUUGAAGGAAUAUCACAUAAAACACGACAUCCUGAACUUCCUCACGUAUGCAGAUGAAUAUGCAAUAGGAUACUUCAAGAAACAGGGUUUCUCCAAAGAAAUUAAAAUACCCAAAACCAAAUAUGUUGGCUACAUCAAAGAUUAUGAAGGAGCCACUUUAAUGGGAUGCGAGUUGAAUCCCCGGAUCCCGUACACAGAGUUCUCCGUCAUCAUUAAAAAGCAGAAGGAGAUCAUCAAAAAGCUGAUCGAAAGGAAACAGGCCCAGAUUCGAAAAGUCUACCCUGGACUUUCGUGUUUCAAGGACGGAGUUCGACAGAUUCCCAUAGAAAGCAUUCCUGGAAUUAGGGAGACAGGCUGGAAACCAAGCGGAAAAGAGAAGAGUAAAGACCCCAGAGACCCCGACCAGCUCUACAGCACGCUCAAGGGCAUCCUGCAGCAGGUGAAGAGCCACCAAAGCGCUUGGCCUUUCAUGGAACCUGUGAAGAGAACAGAAGCUCCGGGAUAUUAUGAAGUUAUAAGGUUUCCCAUGGAUCUGAGAACCAUGAGCGAACGCCUCAAGAAUAGGUACUACGUGUCUAAGAAAUUAUUCAUGGCAGACCUGCAGCGAGUCUUUACCAAUUGCAAAGAGUACAACCCCCCUGAGAGCGAAUACUACAAAUGUGCCAAUAUCCUGGAGAAAUUCUUCUUCAGUAAAAUUAAGGAAGCCGGCUUAAUUGACAAGUGAUUUUUUUUUAUCCUUUCCCCCCCUCCUUAAAACUCAUCAAGCAGUGGGCCCAUGGCAAGGCGGUUUAGUUUUACAAAGAAUUGGACACAAUGGAUUGAAGAGAUGGAACCAUGUAAUAAUUAGCACUUUGGAAAAACAAAAAAAUCUCCUCUUAGCUUUUCCGAUAUGUAUUUAAAUGGAAGUCGUAGGACAUCUUUAUUUUAUGGGAUAGAUUUUAAUCUAAUUUACUACUAUUCAUGUUCAUUUUCUACAGCAUGGCCAUUAGUGGACUGGUCGGUGAGAGGCGACCAGGGGUUUCCUUAAAACCUGUAUGUGAGGAAAUUGCACAUCGGAGCAAAAUUGGGGGGAGGGGCGGCUUCUGGAACAUUUUCAGACCUUGAAUGUUUCCAUUUUUCCUAAUGGAAUGUGAGAGUUUAUUUUUAUUGUCUUCUGAAGGACUUUAAGGAGGGGAUACAAGGUAACAAAGCCCAAGAGGCGAAAUGUGUGAUGUUUGAGUCUCAUUGUAGACUUUUUAUAUAUAUAUAUUUUUUAAAACACUCAUCCAGAUGAGGUGCUUUGAGCAGUUCUGAAAAACGCAGUUCCAGAAAGCAACUGCUUUAAUUCCUAAGGAAGAAAUGCUAAAUAAUGCAGACUUUUUUUUUUUUUUUUAAAUAAGCAUCUGGGGUUUUGAUCUUUCUGUCCACCUGCGACAAACCUGUCAUGCAUAACCACUAUCUUAAUCAUGAUUUCUGUACACAAAUGUGUAAUGGCCCAUUUGACUUUGCCUAUGCAGGCCUUAAGUCCCACAAGGUCACUCCCCAGGCCACCAAGACGUAAGCUUGAGAACACUUGAUAUUGAAUCCACAUGCUUUCAUAGGGAACAGUGUGUGUCCAUUCCUGUUUCAGCCCGGUGAAUCCUUGCUCUAAUCAGUAAGGAUUUGCCUCUUCCCUAUGAUACACACGGCCCCGGUGAUCAUGUAGACACGGCCAUUUUUCCCUUUUGCAUUUCCAGAUUAUGUGUGUUGUCUGAGGUGAGUUCAAAUCCCACCCGGGUUUGCCAUCAGCAAUUUUCACCCCUGCCUUGGUGGAAAGGCCCCACUAAGAUCUCUCACGCAGCCUCUCCACCUGUCUCGGGGUUCCAGUUUAGUGCUCGGAUUUAUUUCCCGACUACACUACAUCAAAAAGUAGGACACCCGCAACCCCAGCUCUGGGAAACCACCUACACGCAACCUUAAAAAGGAAGGCCACCUUGAUGGCCCCGACACUAAUUUUUACGAUGCAAAUUUAUAAACUGAUUUUUGUAGAGGACAAGGUUUUAAAAGUGUAUUUCACUUGAUGUUUUCUAUCCGCGUCAGUCCACGAAAACGAUCAUGAAUAGUCGUCAGAAACAGGUGCCAGAGCUCAACCACACUGAAGGAAAAAGAACUGUAAGAGGCCGUCAGGUUGGAAGGGGUGUGGGCGACACGCGAGAGACCUCCAGAAUGCGUGCUGAGAACGCCUCGGCGGUUUUGAGUCUGAGACUCCGCCCUGAGUGGUGUCCAGCUUGCCGAUAAAGAACGGUGACACAGUUGGGAUGGAGUGUCUGGGACUGCCUGUCCCGGACCCGCGGAAACAUCUGUCCAGCUUGGUUUCCUGUGAAAGUUUGGGAUCUUCUGGGUAGACAUUCUUCUAGAGUAUGGUCUUUAAAAUCAGAUGGUCUCUUCUAUAUUGAAAGCAUUUUUAUGUUUUCUAAUUUAAAAAAAAAUUCAUAUUUUCUUAUAGAUCUUGUGCAAUAAAGCUGAAGUAGAAUGUGUGGUUUUUGCAAAUGCUUUAACAGCUGAUGAAAUUUUACAUUUGUAAAAUUAAUAUAUUGUACUGGUACAGAAUAGUUUUAAAUUAUAUUUUAAAAACUCCCA